AGAUCCUGCAGAGCUGCUCUCAGUGUUCAGCAGUGAGGACUGUGAGAACUGUCUGGAGGUCUGAGUGUGUCUCUCAGAGCGGGGCUGGGGAUGAAAUGUAGCUGGAAUGAGUGUAGCUGAAGCCGGAUCUCAGAGAUGUCCACCGCCGCCUCUCACACCUCCUCCCCCGCCGGUGCUGCUGCUGCCGCUGCUGCUUUCCCCACCGACCAGCUCACCAUCAUAGUGGCUUCCUUUUCCUGCCUGGUGUUCUUCGUGGUGAUCGCUGUGCUGCUGUCCCUGAUCUUCAGGAAGGACUUUCUGUGCUGCAAAGUCAGGACUUAUCGAGACUCACAUGGAGACCUGGAAGCCCCCUCUCAGUACUACAGAAGCAGACAGACUCUGGUGAGCUCAUCCUGUGCUGAACUAUCAUCCAACACGAUGCUCGACAGCCCCAACUCCCAGUCAGGGCAGCUGUUCUACGUGGGUUUGCCGAGUACGUACCGCCUGCCGGUGCUGGAGCCGCCGAUGCCCCGCCUCCCCUCGUACGAGAGCGUGCGAAAGAAGGACCGGCAGCGGCAGAUCCACAUGAUGAUCGCCGACCGCUUCGGCCUGAACGGACCCAUGACUACAGAGCCGCCGCCCACGUACGAAGAGAGCAUACGGCACUCUGUUCAGUCUCUGGACGUCACGUUUGAGACCCUGACAUCAGAAACAGCGCCACCUGCUCAGGUUAUGAACACUGAACCUACAGAACAUGUGGAUGAUUUACCUCAGUAUGAGGAGCUACCUCAAAAUACCUCAAACUGCUCAACAUCUGGUACCAACGACAUCCAGACUCCUCAACCUGACUGAACCAGGAGGAUCUGAGCUCUGGAGCUGCUGCUGCUGCUGCUGCUGCUGCUGCUGCUGCUGCUGUUUGAUUGAUUAUAAUGACGGGAUUGGUCGUUUUCACUCUGUGCCCACCCACUCUGACCCCCUGGACUGGUGUGGGUUUCUCCUUUUUCUCGGCCAAAAAGACAAUAUUUAACCAGGCUGCUGGUGUCCAGGGACAAAUGGAGUACUGCAAACACUGAGCCAUGAUCAGCCUCUUCCGGUCCAAAUCCUGCAGGCUGCUGGAGGACUGGAGCUUUGUUUAUCAAUGACUUUUCACACCUCAGCAGGAAAAACAGGGGAUUUGACUGCAGCCUUUUGCUCAGAGACCUUCGUAACCAAAACGCUGAGUAAAGAGCAAAGGAGCAACAGCAGGAUGUGAGAAUCGAGAAGCGAGACGCAAUAUUUAUUACCAUUCUGAGUUCAUUUCUUGGAAUUCUUGGCCUUGUGACAAUACGAAACAAGCAAUACAACCAAUGCAAGAAUAAGAGGUACAACAUAUAUCAUAAUCAUACAUAAUAAAUGCAUUUAAUUAAUAUAAGUCUGACACACACUGCAGAAUCUUAAAUCUUAAAUCUCUAAAACUCUAAAAAGAGCUGCACGGUUUUGUAAAAACUGACAUAAAGGUUCAUUCUUGGCCGAAAACCAAAUGAAACAUUUGGCGAAGGCUAAAUCUUGAAGGCUGAACAGUUUUUCAGUCAUUUUAUCACUUUUUAUUACUAAUGCAGGAGUUAAACAGCCUAAAUCAGCUAAAAAAAAUUGUCUUGCUACAAUUCAAAAAUAUUUAUUGAACACUGAACAUUUUUUAAACACCAACAAAGCACAAUACACAGACACAGGGAGUGAACAAACUUAAAUUGUAGCUUUAUUUUUUUAAACCAACAUUAGAGUGACACAGUGGGGCUCUAGUUGCAUAAUUUCACUCCAGUCCAAUGCAUGCCAGCUGGGACAGACCGGGGCUUCCCACGGCUCCGCACAUUACAAUUAAAAUAAUCAAUUUAAGGCCAGACUGAAGUCUUUUUGUUGUCCUCAGAAUCAGCCUGAUUAUCCUGCAGUGUGGGUCAGACCAAUACAGCACAAUACUAAACAGACUUAUAAUCUGAAUUAUCACAUCAUCUCAGGGAACUCUUAACACAGAGAUCUGCACAGACUCGUGCCUGAAAAUGAUGAGCAAAUUUAGAGCGUCUGAGAUGGCAGGUUCAUCUCAUCGUGCCAAAGGAGCAUUUUAAAAUCUCCUAUAAAUUUUACUUUCUAAUGGAAAUUUAUUAUCCUUUAUUGUAUUUUAAAUCCUGUUGAAUUGUAUACUUGUUUUUAAAAAAGGGAAACAGCAGCCUCUUAUACUACUGUCAAUUUCUGAUGUUUGUUUUUGUAGCCUUGUAGACUCUUAGUUCUAUUUUUGUACUUAUUAAUGCAGAUUUUGUUGUGAGAGACGUACGUUAAUCAGCGUGUGCUCCGGAAUAAGAAGCGCAUGUUUUCAGGAAGAGAGAACUUGUACGAGUUUUGCAUAAAUAAACGAGAGCGUGUUCACGCCUUAUCUCUCCAGACACGGUUUAGAUAACAUGACGGCAGCACUGCAACAAUAACAGCUCCUCACUGGAUUCCUGAUUUAAGGGGCAUCAGAAAGAAUGUGAAUCAUGUAAACACUGCAGUUUGUGUUUCCUCGCGUUUGUCUUUUUCCUCUGUUACAUUUUUUGUAUAAAGAUUUUAAACAAUUUAAUGAGAAAUAUAUAAAACAUAUAAAACAACAGUAUGGUACUGAUUCCA